CAUGACAGAAAGCUGUCAACAACUGCCUGGACAGGAAGGGAAUGGGAAGCUAUCAUUGAAAUGCAUGGCGAACAGUUUGUUGACAGGCUAUCGUUCGGACGAUUGACCAUAUUAAUUAAUUUUAUUCCGUAAGAUAGUAACUUCACCAACUGUGACUCGUAUUUAUAGUUCUAAUACGACAAAGCAUGGAGAGGAAAGUUGUGGCCGCUAGCUAGUGUCAGAAGUUAAAUAGCAGCCACGCUAGCUAGCCCACUUAGCCUGUACAGUCACCUGAUCUGUAGCUACUGAUAGCUAGUAGCAUCAGAUAGCUAGUCUGUGUGGUGGCGGAGUUUGGCCAGCCGUGGUUCUCUCGCCCUCCAGCGGGGUGUUGUUAUCGGUGAAGUGAGGACAGUUCGGCUCGUCCAGAUAUCUUGUCAUGGAGGACCCAUUUGACAGUGGUAAGGAAUGAUUGGCGAUGCUCGCGUAUCUAACUAACUGCUACCCAGACUUUCUAGCCAGCCACAUUCUCUGUAGUAGCUAGCAGUUUAGCUUGUAGUAAGGGGGUUAGCUAACUAGCCGAACGUUUCAAGUCAACAAAUGUCAGGCUCUUGAUAGCCAGGGAGCAGUUUUGGCAAACGGACUAAUCAGCAAUAUAUGCACUUAUAAUGAUGGGUGUGUUAUCUGAUAGACGCCUGGCCUUUGAGGAACUUCAGCUAAAUAGUUGAUCUCUGCCCAGGUUCGCCUGAAUAAACUGGGAGUCUCUUAGCUAGUUUUUCUAGGUUCUCAGUUUGUCGGUGUGACAUUCACUUGGUGACACAAACACAUUCCCCAGUCGGGUUGAGGUCAGGGUUGACUUUUGACUCUUGUCAGCUGAGGUGUUAUUUAUUUAGCUAGCCCAUUAAAGGCUAACUAGAUACGUAUUAACGUUAGCCAUCUAAAGAGCAGGAAAUGGAAGUCUUAUGGCAGCCCAGUUGCAGCUGAUAGAAGAGUCUUACUGUUAUCUGAGGGAAAAUGGGAGCAAAAACUGUUUGAUUGAGAAACUGAAUUGCGCUGACACCCCAUCCUCUUUUUAUGUUUAUUGGGACAUUAUUCUUUCCUUAUUGUUCAGCCUUGUCCUACACUUUGCGCUACCCAGGAAAGUGAGGAAAUCCAACUCAGAUUGGCUUACAUUUCUGCUAGUCAAAGAUGCUAGUUACUCAGGCCAGGCUAGGCCAAACUGUGUGUUAGUGUUAUUUACAGUCUGACUGGUGGCUGCUUUAGCUCAGUUAGUUUGUUUAUCUGUUGUAAAGGCACAUUGAGCUGUUGGAGAUUAACCUUGCUCUGUGCAAUAUUCACACUAGCAACUGCAGGUGACACUCCAGUUGGCCAGAGUUGCCUUUUUUAAUUUCCUUUUAACUCACUCAACUGUGUGCUUGGUCAGGCCUGUGCGUUUUGAUAGGGCUCCUUUUGUGGGGUGUGUGCUCAAUCUGAUAAGGACCAGCAGGUUCUUGCUGUAGGUUCAGUAGCACUGUACUCCCCUGCUGUAGCGCUCUGCUGUCUGCUUUAUGGCUUUAUAGCUUUAGUACCACAAAUAAAGGGCUUCUGUCUGUUCAGAUUGGAACACACACACACACACACACACACACACACUGGUGGUCAAUACAAUCCAUAAUAGUAAAUGGAAACACUACUUCUCAAUAGACACUGCUAUAUUUCUCUCGGAGUGCUUUUGCCCAAUUGAAACAUAUUCCAAGUAUGUUAUUUCAUUAGCCUACUUCAAUUCAGAAUGCACAGGGCAUACAUGGAAAGCCUAACUGAUGGGUGAAUCCUGUCCUGGACACUGUGACUGCAGUAGUAUGGAACUGAAAUACCCAGAGAUUAUUCCUUGUUCAGCUGACAAAGGUUGUUUUCACUAAAAGGCAGCCCAGAGGAGAGGCCUCUUGUCUGGCCUCAUCUGCACUGAGGCCCCAGUUAUACCUGGACUAUUAUGGAUUGUAUAGACCACCAGAGUGUGUGUGUCUGCCCGGGGUGAGCCUUGUCCCAGCACCACUAUGGCCUCGAACUUCAGGUCUGUGUGGCUGUAGCUAAGUCAUAUAGGCCAUAGGGUAAACAUUUAUGUCUGUGGCUCUGGAUCUGUCUUUGUUGUUUGAUAAAAACAGGAAGAGUCUGGUGAGCUGCUGCUGACACAUUCAGUUUCAUUGCUGCAUCAGCUGCAAUGUUAGACCUUGCUGCAUCAGUCUGAGGUGCUCUCAUUGUGGUCUUAGUAACAGUUACCACAUUUUUAGCACGGUCUCAUUUGACACCAUAAUACUAGUUCUAACAUGGUGUGAUGGAAAAUGUUAUGUUGGUGCUUUUCUAUUUAUACAUUUCUGUGUACUAUGUUUGUGCUUUUCUAAUAACCGUUUUCUGUGUUAAUGCAAGUGACUGAUUGAAUGCCUGGGAGAAGUCCUCACUGUAGUAUCUGCAAUUUGGUAGUACGCCCAGACCCUUGUUUUGAGAACGAAAUCUCAGUUUCAAGGUCUCAGCUAGGAGAGAAAAAGCCUUGUGAGGUAUUGGUCUGCCACAUGCAUGAACCAGUAUUGGUCGGUCACAUGAAUGAUGGCAAACGUUAAUGAUAAAUUAAUUAUGAAUAAUGAAUAAGCUAAAUCAUGCAAAUAUGACUUUCUGUGUAAGUAUAUAAGAGAACUAACGGGACUGCCCCAGGAGAGCUCCUGACAGACGUUCACUAUGGUGCGUCAAGUUUGUUGGAACCUCUCCAGUUACCUGAUAAUAAACAAUGAUUCAUUUAAGAUUGACUUCGAGUGUCCCUGUGUAAGAAUUUCCACAACAAUUUGGCGUCACGAAUAUGAUGAUUGAUUCUGCCUGCGGAGCUUUCCAGUGGGGGUCUGCGAGGAAAACCGGUGGCACAUUUUAUGAAGCGUGAGGGACAUUCCCUUCUGACAAAAAGACGACGAGACCCGCCCAGACCAGACCCUUACUGUGAGCUGCCCAGGAGGAGAGACAUAAUCCGCAAACAAUUGAGUGACGGCAACUGAUUUCAGUAAGUCAAUUUUAAAUGAAUCUGUAUAAAAAUAAAAAUAAAAUCAAGGCGAGUAACGCAUAAAAAGGUACCCAUAGUCUUAUAGAGAGAAGACUAUUCACUAGUCUUAUGAGAAGAUUAGAGCGAGGGUGUAACGGUACCAUGGAAAGCCCAGCUGAAAGCUGUCUGUAGGCAUUUAUGGAUGCCUGAUGAAGACCUAAGGGUUGAAACGUUGUUAUAAAUAAAUAUCAUCUGGGAGCAUGAGCAGCAGUGUGCGGCGUUUUCCUUUCUGUUUUUCAUGAAUUUGCCUACAACUCCAGCACCUGCGGAAAGUACCUGUAUGUGCGUAUGUUCUUCAGCUUUUCUGUAGGAAAUAUCUACUUGGUCUGCAGCCACUACAAAUAACACAAGGUGUUUUUGAAUACUGGGUGUUAUUUAUAUGUAUAGGAAGUAGCGGCAAGAGAACCGUUGAAGAUGCAAAUGAUGCAUAGCAAGUAAGGACAAGAGAAUCGUUGAAGAUGCACAUGGGUAGUAAGGGAGAUUACCGAGUGAGUUUGGGAAUAGUAAUAAGUGAAUGUGAAAGUUGUGUGAUUGUGAGAUAUGACAUAUUAAGCUGAUUGGAAUUUGGAUAACAAGAUUGAAAUAUGGAUAAUAAGCUGAUUUGAAAAUUGGAUAAGAGAUUGAAAGUUAGCUAUAAUGUACUGAGUGAAUGAGAGCUGUCAGGGGACUAGCUCCAGUGUGAAUGUGAGAAGAGUUUUUUCCAUCUAUAACGUUAUCUAGGUGUUCCGUCCACCACCACAGUCUGGGACAACAAAUAAUAGCACAUGGUGUUAUUGGACACUGUUGUUUUAUAUGUAUAGGAAGUAGCGGCCUAUAGGCAUUUCUGAAUUGUUUAUGUGAUCUGGGACCACUGUCUCUGGGAGGCUAGAACCGUUGAAGAUACAUAUGGUGCAUACAGUGGGGAGAACAAGUAUUUGAUACACUGCUGAUUUUGCAGGUUUUCCUACUUACAAAGCAUGUAGAGGUCUGUAAUUUUUAUCAUAGGUACACUUCAACUGUGAGAGAUGGAAUCUAAAACAAAAAUCCAGAAAUCACAUUGUAUGAUUUUUAAGUAAUUAAUUUGCAUUUUAUUGCAUGACGUAAGUAUUUGAUCAGCUACCAACCAGUAAGAAUUCCGGCUCUCACAGACCUGUUAGUUUUUCUUUAAGAAGCCCUCCUGUUCUCCACUCAUUACCUGUAUUAACUGCACCUGUUUGAACUCGUUACCUGUAUAAAAGACACCUGUCCACACACUCAAUCAAACAGACUCCAACCUCUCCACAAUGGCCAAGACCAGAGAGCUGUGUAAGGACAUCAGGGAUAAAAUUGUAGACCUGCACAAGGCUGGGAUGGGCUACUGGACAAUAGGCAAGCAGCUUGGUGAGAAGGCAACAACUGUUGGCGCAAUUAUUAGAAAAUGGAAGAAGUUCAAGAUGACGGUCAAUCACCGCCUAUCGAUCUACAGGUUGUGAGCACUGACAGGAGAAGCCAUUGAAAGAUUUGAGAGGGUAACAGCCCCCGGACACUGAUUUCCUCGAUAUGAAAGAUAUGUGUACCUCUCGGGCUGCUGUGCUGUGAUCGUUGCUGCGGUGAGGAGGUGAAAACCUAAAGAUUUAUAACGUUAUAAAGGGAUUCUGUAUGGAGAUAUGAAAGAAGAGAAUAUUAUUCCUGAAUAUGCUGUUAAAUAGAACAACUAGUGUGGUCCUCUGUAGCUCAGCUGGUAGAGCAUGGCGCUUGUAACGCCAAGGUAGUGGGUUCGAUCCCCGGGACCACCCAUACACAAAAAAUGUAUGCACGCAUUACUGUAAGUCGCUUUGGAUAAAAGCGUCUGCUAAAUGGCAUAUUAUUAUUUAUUAUUAAAUAUCUAAACCCCUCUAUGAAUAGAACACUAGUCUAAAGGAGGAAUUGGUGAAGAAAAGUAUACUGGGUUACUAGAGAUGAUAAAGUAACAAUGGAGAAAAUAUAAAUUAUAAUCAUAUACAACUUGCACACCCACACGUGGAUGUACGUAAGUGGUGUAAAAAGUAUUCAGUGCUCCCUUUAUGGAUCAUUUAAUAAAGGUAAGGUUAGAGCAUUGUACGAGACUUGACUUACCCCUAACCAAUACAACUAUAAACAAUGAUUCAUUUAAGAUUGACUUUGAGUGUCCCUGUGUAAGUAUUUCCACGACAAUGGCAUAAUGUCUUUCUGGUCGGUGUAAGUCAGAAGAAUCUGGAAAGGUUGCUAUGGUUCUUAUUUUGAUCUGGGUUUAUUAAAUAUUUGCCAGCAGCAUACCAACCUGCAACCCACUGCUGGCUAGCCUCUGAAGCUAAGCAGGGUUGGUCCCGGUCAGUCCCUGGAUGGGAGACCAGAUCCUGCUGGAAGUGUUGUUGGAGACCCAGUAGGAGGCACUCUUUCCUCUGGUCUAAAAUAAAAUAUCCCAAUGUCCCAGGGCAGUGAUUGGGGACAUUGCCCUGUGUAGUGGUGCAGUCUUUCAGAUGGGACAUUAAAUGGGUGUCCUGACUCUCUGUGGUCACUAAAGAUUCCAUGGCAGUUAUCGUAAGAGUAGGGGUGUUAACCCUGGUCUCCUGGCUAAAUUCCCAAUCUGGCCCUCAUACCAUCAUGGCCACCUAAUCAUCCCCAGUUUCCAAUUGGCUCAUUGAUCCCCCCUCCUCUCCCCUGUAACUAUUCCCCAGGUUGUUGCUGUAGAUGAUAGUGUGUUCUCAGUCAACAUACCUGGUAAAAUAAAUAAAUAAUAUUCAGCUCCGUAUCUAGGCCUAUUAAUAGGUGCAGGACUCGCUGCAGACCUCAGGACUAGAUCUACUACAGGAAGGGAUAAACGCCAAUGGCUUCAGUUAGCUUUCUCCUAUUCACUCAGUCUAGGCAGCUGGGCCCUACCAACACGUAUGCAUGUUCUCACACAAUGGAACACGCACUAUAGAAGGUACUAGGUGUAUGAGAUGGCUUUGUUUAGUGUCGUCAUUGGUUAUGAUGAUACUGGCUAGCUAUUCACUUACGCGCAACACCCGCUAUUCACUGACACAGACUGGGACUUCAGGAUACUAGUUGUGUGUGCGCUUUGUUUGGGCCCAGCCCUGAAUUCACCCACCAUUGAAUCAGAACACACAUAGGGGCUCAGUCCCUCUGCACGGUUUUAUUACAGGAGAAAAUGGGACCCUUUACAAAGAGGCACAAUGGGACAUUUUUUACAGUUUGACUACUGUUGUAAUUAUUAUUGAAUUAAAUAGUUGACCAUUUCUCUGUUUGUCUGAGGAGACACUGGGGAGAAUCAAUAGAAAGGGAGCUCCACGCACACAUGCACAUUUUAUUGAACGCCUCUGUGUGUGUAUUAACCUUUUGUUUGCUUGUGUGUGUAACCAGAGCGGGCAUCCCUGCCCAGGCACAUGAUAGAGAACAGUAUGUUUGAGGAGGAACCUGACGUGGUGGACCUGGCCAAAGACUCUACAGCCUUCCCGGUAAUUACAUACUAUACAACACUGACAUUAAUCCAUCCCCUCAUCAAUAUUCCCUUUUCUUCUAACUGUUUAUGUUUUUCCAGAUUUUCAUAUCUUGCGUUCUCUCUCUUUUAUUUUCUCUCUCUUUCUUCUCCCCUCUCUCUUUUUUCCACCUCCCUCCUCCAGGAGUUCCCAGCGUUGGACCCAGAUGAGGUGGUGUACGAGCCCCGUAGCUCCCGUCUCCUGGUGCGAGGUCUGGGAGAAAACGACCUGGACGAUGAGGAGGAGGACUAUGAGUCAUCAGCCCGCUUACUGGGCAUGUCCUUCAUGAACAGAAGCUCCGCCCGCAGUCCUAGCGCCUCCCCUUACAUCAGACAGGCUCCACCCAGGUCCUUUUUUACUUUGAAAAUCGCAACAAACUUUAUUUAAAGUGCAUUUAAAUAUGACAGACACUUUACAGUAAAAUAGAAACAAUGAAAGAAACAAUACUAAAGAUAAAUAUUUAUAGAUGAAUAAAUACUGUUUGUUUUUUGGCCAGGUCGUGUUCCCGCCCCUCGGCUCGUAUGCUGGUGGUGGGCGUGUUCAUCUUGGUACUGGUCACGUCCAUGGCGAUGGUUCUCUACUUCCUGCCUGGCUGUACCUUCACUAAGGUAGCUGUGUGUGUGUGUGUUGGAGUGUUGUGUGUGUGUGCUUGCGUUUGUGUGAGUGAAGAGUGUGCGGCUCCUGCAUCGGCUUCCACAGCUACGGGAAGUGGCACCAGCCAGUGCCAAAAAGUGUGUGUGUGUGUAUUCACUGUGUUGAUCCUCACUCUCCCCAGGCUGGCUGUCCUAAGGCUAACUCCUCCACUCCUAUGGAGCUGGUCUAUCCCUAACAGCACCAAUGGGGAGCUGUUUCCUUGGAAUGAGCUCCGCCUCCCAGCCAGUGUACGGCCUGUAAACUACGACCUUUCCCUGACCCCUAACCUGACUUCCAUGACCUUCACCGGCCGCACCAUCAUCAACAUGAUUAUACAACACGACACCAAGCGCAUCGUUCUGCACAGCUCCGAGCUCAAUAUCAUCAAGGCAACCUUUCAGGUAGCCAAUGAUCAGCUGUAGCAUUUCUAUUUAAUCAGAAAUAGUAAUAUUAUCUGGUUAGAGUCCAGGCUCUGUCGCAGCCGGCCGCGACCGGGAGACCCAUGGGCGGCGCAAUAUUGGCCUAGCGUCGUCCAGGGUAGGGGAGGGUUUGGCCGGCAGGGAUGUUCUUGUCCCAUCGCGCACUAGCGACUCCUGUGGCGGGCUGGGCGCAGUGCACGCUGACUCGGUCGCCAGGUGUACGGCGUUUCCUCCGACACAUUGGUGCGGCUGGCUUCCGGGUUAAGCGGGCACUGUGUCAAGAAGCAGUGCGGCUCGGUUGGGUUGUGUUUCGGAGGACGCACGACUCUCGACCUUCGCCUCUCCCGCAUCCGUACGGGAGUUGCAGCAAUGGGACAAGACUGUAACUACCAAUUGGAUAUCACGAAAUUGGGGAGAAAAAGGGGGUAAAAUACCCCCUCCCCAAAAAAAGACAAAUAAAAAGAAAUAGUUAUAUUAUUGAAGACAUAAGUCUGUAUAGGUUUAGACUUUUAACUGUUAUUAUUCGUAGGUAACUUCCUUACUUGCAGUGUGAAGAGAGUAAGAGUUGUUUUCCCUGAGGAGAUCAAUUAUGUUUUACUUAGCUUAAUUAUGUUUCCCUUGCUAAAUAAUGUUUUUACCUAGUUAGAUUAUGUUUCACCUUGUUAAAUAUUGUUUUUACUGUAACCCUUCCAGGUUGGAGAGGGUAAGAGUGUUGAGGUGAAGGUGUUGGAGUAUAAGCCAUGGCAGCAGAUAGCUGUCAGCUUCCCAGAGGAUCUGAAGGCAGGCCAGGUGUGUGUGUUAACAUUGGACUACGCAGCUAACCUUUCACACACCUAUGACGGCUUGUACAACAGCUCCUACAAUGACAAGACUGGAGCCAAGAGGUAUGUAAAACACUCUAAAAACUAUUUACUAAAGUUUGCUCUAAAAAUAACAACCUAACUUGCCGUGAAUGCAGUGAGACACAUUCUUUAACAGUGUGAAAACUUGACAGUGUUUGUUGACAUGUAGUAAACUAUAAGCCUAGUCCUUGCUCUCUGUGACUGUGAGUCAUUCUAUCCACCCCUCAGGGUCCUAGCUGCCACCCAGUUUGAGCCCCAGGCAGCCAGGAAGGCCUUCCCCUGUUUUGACGAGCCGGCUUUUAAAGCCACCUUCCUGGUCAGGAUCACCAGAGAACCUGAAUACAUCACUCUGUCCAACAUGCCCAAGGUACACUGUGUGUGUGUGUGAACAUGCCCUCGUGAGUUUGCGUACGCCUGUGUAUUUUAAGUUGUAAAUAUACAUCAAUACAUUACGAAAUGUAUUGACAUCAAGUGAUUAUUGGAGAUGCUUGACAUGAAGAAUACCAGUGUGUAAACCAUCUGUUAAUGAAACUGUAUGCACUAACUACUGUAAGUCGAUCUGGUUAAGAGCGUCUGCUAAAUGACUAAAAUAUAAAUGUUAUAUAACUGUUGUGUUUCCCAGGCUAAGACGACUACAUUACCCAGCGGCCUGCUGGAGGAUGAGUUUGAGCAGACUAGUGUUAAUAUGAGCACCUACCUGGUAGCCUUCAUCGUAGCCAACUUCACCAGCGUCUCUAGAAACGUCUCCAAAACACUGGUACGUACAGAGUCCCUGUCUCAAUCUAUUCACACUAGUUCUAUGGCCUGCAACACACUAGAAUGCAACUCUGUCUAACCCCCCAUUUUUGGUUCUAUUGUAUUUAUUCAAUUUCUGUGGUGUGUGUUGCAGGUGUCAGUGUACUCUGUGCCAGAGAAGAAGGAACACACACACUAUGCUCUGGACACUGCCUCCAGGUUGCUGCAGUUCUACAACACCUUAUUUGAAAUCGACUACCCUCUGAGAAAACUGGGUGAGAGGAGACACAGAAACACACAGACAGACAGACACUCAGCCCUCACACAAUUAACUCAACUGAUGAACACCUUUUACAUCUAGUAUGAAUGCCAGAAGAUUCUUUAAAAAAUGUGCGCGGGAAAAGUAUAAUGUUUUCAAUAAUGUGACACAAAAUACGCAUUGGUAUUUACCCCUCCACAUUUCUGUCCCUCUCUCUCUCUCUACCCUUCCUCCCGGCUCUCUCCCCCUCCUCCAGACCUGGUUGCCAUCCCAGACUUCCUGGCGGGAGCGAUGGAGAACUGGGGUCUGAUCACCUUCAGAGAGACUAGCCUUUUGGUACGAAACCAGUCCUCUUCUCUCGACAAACAACUCAUCGCUAACGUCGUAGCCCACGAACUCGCUCACCAGGUGUGUGUGUGGACGAUAACACUGUGAUGGAACAUAUGUGUAUGUACCUCAUCAGUCGUAAUGCUGUGUUGACGUUUGGUUAAGAAGUGCUGUUGUUCUUAUGCAGUUGCUUUAACAAUGUCUAAUGCUCCUAUGAUACUGUUAUAAAGCUGUCGUAACACUGUUCUAAUGCUGUUUUGUGUCAGUGGUUUGGGAACCUGGUGACGAUGCGUUGGUGGAAUGACCUGUGGCUGAACGAAGGCUUCGCCACCUACUGGCAGUACACGUCUCUAAUGACAGAGUUCCCACAGCUAUACCUAGUAAGUAGUAGCAUGUCACACACGCAUAAAAGUGCUGUGCAAGGGGUCAAUGUAGAUUUAAGAUGAUCGUGGUAGAAUGACCUCUCUUCUGUCUCCAGGACAAUGUGUUCCUGGAAGAGCGGUUCAAGGCAAUGGCCAAAGAUUCUCUGAACUCCUCCCACCCAGUCUCAGUAUCGGCCCAGGUGACCACACCUGAACAGGUGUCUGAGAUGUUUGACUCUAUCACCUAUGAGAAGGUACAGUCUUCGGCUUUACUUACAACUUAAUUGAUUAGUAGAGUGAACAAUAUACAAUGAGGGAAAAAAGUAUUUGAUCCCCUGCUGAUUUUGUAUGUUUGCCCACUGACAAAGACAUGAUCAGUCUCAUUUUAAUUGUAGGUUUAUUUGAACAGUGAGAGACAGAAUUACAACAAAAAAAUCCAGAAAAACGCAUGUCAAAAAUGUUAUAAAUUGAUUUGCAUUUUAAUGAGGGAAAUAAGUAUUUAACCCCUCUGCAAAACAUGACUUAGUACUUGGUGGCAAAUCCCUUGUUGGCAAUCACAGAGGUCAGACGUUUCUUGUAGUUGGCCACCAGGUUUGCACACAUCUCAGGAGGGAUUUUGUCCCACUCCUCUUUGCAGAUCUUCUCCAAGUCAUUAAGGUUUCGAGCCUGACGUUUGGCAACUCAAACCUUCAGCUCCCUCCACAGAUGUUCUAUGGGAUUAAGGUCUGGAGACUGGCUAGGCCACUCCAGGACCUUAAUGUGCUUCUUCUUGAGCCACUCCUUUGUUGCCUUGGCCGUGUGUUUUGGGUCAUUGUCAUGCUGGAAUACCCAUCCACGACCCAUUUUCAAUGCCCUGGCUGAGGGAAGAUUUGACGGUAGAUGGCGCCGUCCAUUGUCCCUUUGAUGCGGUGAAGUUGUCCUGUCCACUUAGCAGAAAAACACCCCCAAAGCAUAAUGUUUCCACCUCCAUGUUUGACGGUGGGGAUGGUGUUCUUGGGGUCAUAGGCAGCAUUCCUCCACCUCCAAACAUGGCGAGUUGAGUUGAUGCCAAAGAGCUCCAUUUUGGUCUCAUCUGACCACAACACUUUCACCCUGUUCUCCUCUGAAUCAUUCAGAUGUUCAUUGGCAAACUUCAAACGGGCCUGUAUAUGUGCUUUCUUGUUCUGGGCUGAUUCCUCACCGUUCUCAUUAUCAUUGCAACUCCACGAGGUGAGAUCUUGCAUGGAGCCCCAGGCCGAAGGAGAUUGACAGUUUUUUUGUGAUUCUUCCAUUUGCGAAUAAUCGCACCAACUGUUGUCACCUUCUCACAAAGCUGCUUUGCAAUGGUCUUGUAGCCCAUUCCAGCCUUGUGUAGGUCUACAAUCUUGUCCCUGACAUCCUUGGAUAGCUCUUUGGUCUUGGUCAUGGUGGAGAGUUUGGAAUCUGAUUGAUUGAUUGCUUCUGUGGACAGGUGUCUUUUUAUACAGGUAACAAACUGAGAUUAGUAGCACUCCCUUUAAGAAUGUGCUCCUAAUCUCAGCUCGUUACCUGUAUAAAAGACACCUGGGAGCCAGAAAUCUUUCUGAUUGAGAGGGGGUCAAAUACUUAUUUCCCUCAUUAAAAUGCAAAUCAAUUUAUAACAUUUUUGACAUGCGUUUUUCUGGAUUUUUUUAGUUGUUAUUCUGUCUCUCACUGUUCAAAUAAACCUACCAUUAAAAUUAUAGACUGAUCAUUUCUUUGUCAGUGGGCAAACGUACAAAAUCAGCAGGGGAUCAAAUACUUUUUUCCCUCACUGUAGAAUCCUAUGGUCACAGCAGUGAUGUGUGUGUGUGUGUGUGUGUGUGUGUGUGUGUGUCUCUAGGGUGCGUCCCUCCUGCUGAUGUUGAGCUCCACUCUGCCAGACGGUCAGUUCAGGAAAGGACUCAUCAACUACCUGAAUAAAUACAACGGAUCUAACACUGUUACUGAUGACCUCUGGAACAGCAUCACACAGGUAGGUGUAGUCUGUCUGAGACACCCUGUCUCUUACAUUCAUCUCUGUUUCCUGAUUAGUUAUUUUCACGGGUUCUUUAUUUUGCGUCUGCAAAAUCUGGCGUCACACCCUUCCCCUUUUCACAACAUCACCCUGUCUGUGUAUUGUGUGGAGGUGUCUUGUCUAUUGGAUUAGUACUAUUGAUGGUGAUGAUGCUCCAUCUUUCUCUGGCCCAAUGUGAUGAGUAGGAAUAUUAGUAGUAGGGCUGUCCCCGACUAAAAUAAAUCUUGGUUGACCGAGAGUCGUCUGUUCUUUCAACCAAACGAUUGGUAGAUAUUUUUAAACGUGUAUUUUUCCAUAUACAGUGGGGAGAACAAGUAUUUGAUACACUGCCGAUUUUGCAGGUUUUCCUACUUACAAAGCAUGUAGAGGUCAAAUUUUUUAUCAUAGGUACACUUCAACUGUGAGAGACGGAAUCUAAAACAAAAAUCCAGAAAAUCACAUUGUAUGAUUUUUAAGUAAUUAAUUAGCAUUUUAUUGCAUGACAUAAGUAUUUGAUACAUCAGAAAAUCAGAACUUAAUAUUUGGUACAGAAACCUUUGUUUGCAAUUACAGAGAUCAUACGUUUCCUGUAGGUGUUGAACAGGUUUGCACACACUGCAGAAGGGAUUUUGGCCCACUCCUCCAUACAGACCUUCUCCAGAUCCUUCAGGUUUCGGGGCUGUCGCUGGGCAAUACGGACUUUCAGCUCCCUCCAAAGAUUUUCUAUUGGGUUCAGGUCUGGAGACUGGCUAGGCCACUCCAGGACCUUGAGAUGCAUCUUACGGAGCCACUGCUUAGUUGCCCUGGCUGUGUGUUUUGAGUCGUUGUCAUGCUGGAAGACCCAGCCACGACCCAUCUUCAAUGCUCUUACUGAGGGAAGGAGGUUGUUGGCCAAGAUCUCGCGAUACAUGGCCCCAUCCAUCCUCCCCUCAAUACGGUGCAGUCAUCCUGUCCCCUUUGCAGAAAAGCAUCCCCAAAGAAUGAUGUUUCCACCUCCAUGCUUCACGGUUGGGAUGGUGUUCUUGGGGUUGUACUCAUCCUUCUUCUUCCUCCAAACACGGCGAGUGGAGUUUAGACCAAAAAGCUCUAUUUUUGUCUCAUCAGACCACAUGACCUUCUCCCAUUCCUCCUCUGGAUCAUCCAGAUGGUCAUUGGCAAACUUCAGACGGGCCUGGACAUGCGCGGCUUGAGCAGGGGGACCUUGCGUGCGCUGCAGGAUUUUAAUCCAUGACGGCGUAGUGUUACACUAAUGGUUUUCUUUGAGACUGUGGUCCCAGCUCUCUUCAGGUCAUUGACCAGGUCCUGCCGUGUAGUUCUGGGCUGAUCCCUUACCUUCCUCAUGAUCAUUGAUGCCCCACGAGGUGAGCUCUUGCAUGGAGCCCCAGACCGAGGGUGAUUGACCGUCAUCUUGAACUUCUUCCAUUUUCUAAUAAUUGCGCCAACAGUUGUUGCCUUCUCACCAAGCUGCUUGCCUAUUGUCCUGUAGCCCAUCCCAGCCUUGUGCAGGUCUACAAUUUUACCCCUGAUGUCCUUACACAGCUCUCUGGUCUUGGCCAUUGUGGAGAGGUUGGAGUCUGUUUGAUUGAGUGUGUGGACAGGUGUCUUUUAUACAGGUAACGAGUUCAAACAGGUGCAGUUAAUACAGGUAAUGAGUGGAGAACAGGAGGGCUUCUUAAAGAAAAACUAACAUGUCUGUGAGAGCUGGAAUUCUUACUGGUUGGUAGGUGAUCAAAUACUUAUGUCAUGCAAUAAAAUGCAAAUGAAUUACUUAAAAAUCAUACAAUGUAAUUUUCUGGAUUUUUGUUUUAGAUUCUGUCUCUCACAGUUGAUGUGUACCUAUGAUAAAAAUUACAGACCUCUACAUGCUUUGUAAGUAGGAAAACCUGCAAAAUCAGCAGUGUAUCAAAUACUUGUUCUCCCCACUGUAUAUGUAGACUACUGAGCUUGUCUGAUGCUUUAAGCACUGCGAUUAAAAAUUAAGACACAAAGAACUAAAGAGGAAGCCAGAGAUCAAUAAAGCCUAACCAGAAUAAAAAUAAACUGCUCCCGAUACGACCCUCCUCCUCCCGCUGCCUGCUGCUGCUGGCCUUCGCAGAUUCUGCCGUUACGCUACUUAAGUUGCCGGUAAUAGGCUACACCAGCAGUCGGCAACCUUUUCCAUUUGGAGUGCCAAGUUAUCGUACCAUUUCUACUGAUCUGCGUGCCAGUUAUAUGAUUUUCAUAUGCAAAAAUCUAUGUAAAUGAAAAUGAUACAAAUCUAAAAGUAACUUAUAUUGCCAUUGCCACUAUCUACAAAUAUCCUACAUAAAGCCAACAAAUAAAAACAUUGCAGCUCGCAGGUAGAAAAUAUCCUGAUAAAAAUAAAUAUCCUAUAAAUCACAAUGGCUAUGCAUGGCCUGUCUGCAAGGAACUUGAAACAUUGUGUCCGCUAUUAACUUGGUCUGGCCCUGAAGCUCGUGCUAGCAAACUUGCAACAUUGUAUAAAAUAUUCUGGGCCCUCAGUGCCAGUGAGCUCCAGAAAGACAGCCACAGCUGUAGGCUAUUUUUGCAAGGGAUAAGAAGGGAUAAGAAGUAAUCAGGUAGGCUUUUUUUUAUGACAUUUCCACCGGAUCAAAGCAUGAUUAUUUUUUUACGCCUUUCAUGCUAAGUGGUUAUCGAAAGGGAGAGAGCUGGGAAGAUUUUUCAAAUAGGCUACGUUGAGGAACUAUUGUCAUUCUCAAUGGAUGUAAAAACAGACUUUGUUUACUUGCUGUAAAAAAAAAUAUUUGAGAGGCUCCACAGUGAUGGUGAGUUAAGACAAUCAGAAAUAGUAUCAGAUCCCCAACUGGGCACAUUUAUAAGCCUACGUUUGCGCGUAGGCCCGGUAGCCUAGACCUACUUCUUCUAUGUGUAGUCAGGUGCGUGUCCAUACUCAAGAUUGACAGGAGCGCUCCAUACAAAAGACAAUUAAUAAAUUGACAACUCGUAAAUGGAAUGAAAUAAACCAAAACUGUGUAGCCCAGGUUGUGCGCUUUACAAACGUGUCCACUCCUACAAUGCCAACGGUAAGACUGUAAUAAUAAUAUAUUGAAUGCAUUAACAGAAAUUACUGUAACCAAACAAACAUUGUAGAUUCAAAAUUAUGGUAAUUAAGGAUAAAUGUACUACUGGUGAUACUGGUGUGCCUCCGCAAUGGAUUAGUCCACUCAGAGAGGCGUGAAUCACACAGUCUUGUGUGUCAUAUAUAUAUAUAUUUUUAUAUACACUACAUGUAUGUGGACACCUACUCAUCGAACAUCUCAUUCCAAAAUCAUGGGCAUUAAUAUGGAGUUGGUCCCCCCUUUGCUGCUAUAACAGCCUCCGCUGUUCUGGGAAGGGUUUCCAAUAGAUGUUGGAACAUUGCUGCGGGGACUUGCUUCCUGAGGCCAAGGCACUGAUGUUGGGUGAUUAGGCUUGGCUCACAGUCGGCGUUCCAAUUCAUCCCAAAGGUGUUCGAUGGGGUUGAGGUUAGGGCUCUGUGCAGCCCAGUCAAGUUCUUCCACACCGAUCACCGAUCUCGACAAACCAUUUCUAUAAUCUGUAUGGACCUCGCUUUGUACACGGUGGCAUUGUCAUGCUGAAACAGGAAAGGGCCUUGCCCAAACUGUUGCCACAAAUUUGGAAGCACUAGAAUGUAAUUGUAUGCUGUAGUAUUAAGAUUUCCCUUCACUGGAACUAAGGGGCCUAGUCCGAACCAUGAAAAAUAGCCCCAGACCAUUAUUCCUCCUCCACCAAAAUGUACGGUUGGCACUAUGCAUUCGGGCAGGUAGCGUUCUCCUGGCACCUGCCAAACCCAAAACCAUCAUUCCAGAGAAUGCAUUUCCACUGCUCCAGAGUCCAAUGGAGGCGAGCUUUACACCACUCCAGCCGAUGCUUGGCAUUGCACAUGGUGAUUUUAGGCUUGUGUGCGGCUGCUCGGCCAUGGAAACCCAUCUCAUGAAGCUCCCGACGAACAGUUCUUGUGCUGACAUUGCUUCCAGAGGCAGUUUGGAACUCGGUAGUGAGUGUUGCAACCGAAGACAGACGAUUUUUAUGCGCUUCAGCACUCGGCGGUCCCGUUCUGUGAGCUUGUGUGGCCUACCACUUCGCGGCUGAGCCGUUGUUGUUCCUAGAUGUUUCCAAUUCACAAUAACAGCACUUCCAGUUGACCGGGGCAGCUCUAGCAGGGCAGACAUUUGACGAAUUUACUUGUUGGAAAGGUGGCAUCCUAUGACGGUGCCGCGUUGAAAGUCACUAAGCUCUUCAGUAAGGCCAUUCUACUGCCAAUGUUUGUCUAUGGAGAUUGCAUGACUGUGUGCUCGAUUUUUACACACCUGUCAGCAACGGGUUUAGCUGAAAUAGACGAAUCCACUAAUUUGAAGGGGUGUCCACAUACUUUUGUAUAUAUAAUGUAUUUGCCACUGCUCAACUAAAAAAAUCUCGGUCGUCCAACAGCCUAUUGACCAAACAAUCGACCAGUUGAUGAAAUGGUGUCAGCCCUAAUUAGUAGACGUAUUUGUUAAAUGUAUCAUUGAUUAUUGAUGAUUAUUGGUUCUGGAUGUGCCAGGCCCAAGUGCUUCCCCAGCAGGAGAGUGUGUCAGACAUGAUGAGAACAUGGACGCUGCAGAAAGGCUUCCCAUUGGUCACCGUCAGCCGCAAGGGUGGUGAGGUGACCCUCACACAGGAACCCUUCUUGCUCUCCGCAGACAACGCCACAUACACCUCCAGGUGAGAUGCACGCACGCACGCACGCACACGAGCACACACACAAACAAACACACCAACCUUUUUUUUGUGUCCUCAGCCUGUGGCACAUCCCAGUGACGUACGUGAAUGACAGCUGUAGCUCCGCCCCUUCCUGCAGACAGAUGUUCACUCUGAGGAAUAAGACCGGUAUAACACAGACAACGUCUGUACAUUCAGCUGGGUAGCUGUCUGUUAGUUUGAUUGUUUUGCAUUGUCUAGUUCAUUUGUCAGGCUUGUGAUACAUUUAUAGUAGGUAGUGAUUUUUUGGCCUGCUGGUUGUAUGCUCUGAGGUAAGAGCAUGAUCAUGUGUUUGAGUGCAUUGUUCUGUGUUUCCCUCUUAGCGACUCUGAAGGUGUCAGAGAGUGUUAAGUGGCUGAAGUUGAACUACAUGAACACAGGCUUCUAUAUAGUUCACUAUGGAGACGAGGGCUGGGCAGCUCUCAUAGACGCUCUAAAGACUGACGUCAACACACUCACACCCCACGACCGCGCUUCGCUCAUACACAACAUCUUCUCCCUGUCCAGGUCAGUGUUUGUGUUUGUACUGUGGCAUGGUACUCAAUGGACGGGAUUUCAUUAUAUUUUUUUAAGUGGCCGUUGCUGUAGAAAAAUAAUGUGUUCUCAGUCAACCUACCUGGUAAAAUAAGGGGUCUUAAAUAGAUUAAUUGGAGGCCUGUCUUAAUACUCUGCCUGAACUUGGACGAUUACUUGAACAUGUCUAUAUGUUAGAUGUUUUGGAUGCUCAACUGAACAGACAACGGACACAAAUAGACUAAAUUGAUUAGGAUCUGUUAUCUAUUCAUUUUCUUCUCUUCCUGUCAUCAGGCUGGGUCAUGUGUCCUUCCGUCAGGUUCUCAGUCUGUUGGACUAUACUACCAAUGAGACUGAGACUGCUCCUCUGACAGAGGCCCUAUCACAGCUCAGCUCUGUCUACAGACUACUGGACAAGAGACAGGAGCUAGGACUGGUGGCCCGCAUGAAGGUACACACACACACACACACACACACACUCUAGAUUGUCAGGUACCUUGUUCUGGGGCCUAGUCCCACCAGUUGGGACAAACUGACUGUGCUAACCUUCUCUUUGUAAUGUGUGUUCCAGGCCUACAUCUUGGGUCAUUUUGGCCCUCUGAUGGACAGUCAGGACUGGGGAGAGCAGGAGAGUGUCUCCAGUCAGGAGCUGAGGUCAGCCUUGCUAGAGAUGGCAUGUAGUCUUGGACGGCAGAACUGUACUGACCAGGCCACGGCCCUCUACAAACAGUGGACCAACUCAAACCAAACCAAUCGGUACACACAGGGACUGACUGAAAAUUGUUCAAACAAUGGAGUAAAACAGGAUAAUAUUUUGGGUUCUGAUGGGGUAGGACAGUUGAACUACGCUCAUGAGGCAUUUAUAAGUUAUAUUCUUCAAUAAUCAAUGGGCAUAUAUAAUUAAUAUAGAAGUUCAAAAAUGGAUGUGUCUAUCGUAGAUUGCCCCUUUAUGGAUAUAAACAAGGCUUGCUCAUUUAAAAAAUAUAUACUUUUUGAUAUUUUGGCCGCCAUUGUCUUCAUCAGAAAUGAGUAAAGCUAGUGAUCUGUUCUAUAGUGAUCUUAUGGUGAUCUAGUGAUGUGUUGUCUCUUCCAGCAUCCCAGGUGAUCUUCAGAGAGUGGUGUUCUCUGUAGCAGCCCUGUCUGACUCUGGUUGGCUGUCUCUGCUGGACACCUACAAACACACCAUUGACGACUCUGAGAAACGCAAGAUACUGCAGGCCCUCGCCUCCACACAGGACCCACGACGCAUCGUAUGGUGAGGGAGACCGUGUGUGUGUGUGGGGGGGAGGGGACCAUUGGUAGAGGUCUUCACGGAUCCACCUGUACCCGAAUGGGUCGGAUCUGAUAUGAUUGUCUCAGGUAUGUGUACUUUUAACUGACCUGUCCGGAAGAGCCCAUACAGAUCCUAACACGACUGCUGCAGUAGAGAGAGAGAGACAUUUUAUCAUUUAUGCUGCUGCUCUUUGCUUUUCACAAGAGUGGCGCAUGUAGCUUGUUGUUGGCCAAUCAUGUCAUCAAAUCGGCAAUAGGCUACAGUCAGAGCCUCCGUGUGGGGCAAAAGUUAGGAGAUAUGUAAUCAAUGGAAGAUGGAAUUAAAAUGAUGGCAUGGAAAGUUAAAGGAGAAGGAUGAGCUACAACAACCAAGAGCCAACAGGUAGGCUGCUACUUUAUAUUCUGAAUGGAGUUGUUGUUGUUUGUAACUGUGUAGGACGAGAACGCGCAUGCAGCUUCAAUUAGCCUAGAUGGCUAGUUAACUAGCUUCUCCUGGUUUGAUGCAGGACAGGUACUACGUAAUCAUAUUAGAUUAUAAAUAACCUAGCUACAGUAUGGCAGCUAUUAGUCUACUAUAGCACGAGUCGGCUUGGUUGGUUGAUGUCUCACCCUCCCUGUUCCCUGUGUCACUCGCACAGCACGGCCCCUGCUAGAGCGUCACCUCUCUCUACCUCCUGUCCAUCGCGCUUUAUCACCUCCGGUUAAUAAAGUAGCUUAAAAAUUGACUUUUCUGCUGCUUCCCACACUCGGAUCGGAUCGGACCGGGUCUGGAUCCGACCAGGUCUAUAUGGAACAGGUCUAGUUGUCCUCGGGUCCGUUCGGAACGUGUCUCUAGAUUUAAAACAAUAAUUCAUGCAUAUUGGGUCCGGAUGGGAAUGCUCCAGGUCCAUUUCGGAACGAAAGGGUACUUUAUCAAUCAAUAUACAGACAAUUAACUGGCCAACUAAACCUCUACCCAGAGGUUGUGCGGAGAGUCGUGCUGUAAUUAAGCUGUACUCAAGCUGUGCUAAAGCUGUGCCCAGAUAUGUUUGUAGCAGCCUGUGGUGUGUGUCUCUGCAACACUCUAAAAACCUCCUCCUCCAGGAUUCUGAGUGAGGGGCUCGAGGGAGGGAUUAUCCAUACACAGGAGCUGCCAUUGGUCAUCAGCACUGUGAGCGACCGCUUCGCUGGCCACUUGUUCGUCUGGGACUUUGUCAAAGAGAGCUGGGACAGGAUCAUAGAGAAGUGAGUGCCUCUAAAGAAUAAGAUGAAUUAUAAGUUUACAUACUUACAUCGUCAACAUACAGAAAAAUGGACACAAAAACAAUACAGUCUCCCGAUCAGAAUCUAUGGGCCUGUUUUGAUUGCAUGAUGUGGAGAUGUGGCCUGUUUGGAUUGGCUGUUGUGGAGAUGUGGCCUGUUUUGAUUGGCUGUAUCUGUGUGUGUGUGUGUGUGUGUAGGUUUCCAGUGGGGUCCUAUCCCAUCCAGAGCAUCAUCAAGUCCACCACCUCCCAGUUCUCCACUCAGACACACCUGGAGGAGGUGAGCUUACACCUCAGAACCAUGCCGACUGUAUAUCAUGUGUCUGUGUAUCAGAUGCGUAGUGUGUGUAUGUGUCCUCUUCUCUCAUGUCAACUGUCUGUGUAGGUCCAGGGUUUCUUCUCCAGACUGAAGGAGCGGGGGUCUCAGAUGUGUAGUGUCCAGGAGGCUUUAGAGACCAUCAGACUGAACCAGCACUGGAUGGACAGGAACCUCGCAACACUCAGACAAUGGCUCUAACAAGGCCGCUUGGCAACUGUCGCCCCCGGCAACCCGCUCUGGGGACCGUGUUGGCAUGGCAACAGCAAUGUUUGCACUAUCGUAGGGCUUGUCUCAAAUGACCUCCUAUUCCCCUUUUGUUACUUUUUUUUCAACUACUUUUCGAUAGGGAUGGGCACGGUUAAACCAAUAUCCGGAUAUACGGACAGAUGAUAGUAUUCGAUUACUUGAGUGUUCAUUUUUAGAAGAAUCAAAAUUGGAGGCCUAUUUUAGCAAUGGAAAAAGCUUUGUCUAAAAUAAAUUAUGCAAGGCAACAGUAAACAUGUUGUCCCCCACAAAUGAUGCAUCAUUCUAAAUGGCGGAAAAUCCAUCAUGGCUGACCUUAUGGGUCCCUGAGGCAAAUGUGUUCGUUUUGAGAAGAGGAACCUCUGUACCGAAUGUCAUGGGAUUUUUUAGGUCAAACGGGGUGAGGGGCGUGACCUUUCAAUGUUUGCAUUUUCAAUCUCUUGUUAUAGCGCCA